AUGAUAGGUUUCUGUGAUGAUGAAGAAGAAGAAAGAGGGGACUUCUGCGAUGAUGCUAGGGCUUUUUGUGUCUUCGAUUUUAACAGGGUAGUUCCAAAUUUAGCUAUCAGCAAGAUUUUAUCACGAGAAAACAACAAAGUUCGUAUUCUUCAGGAGGGAUGCAAGGGUCUAUUGUAUAUGGUACUCCAUGCACGCGUUGUCCUAGAUUUGUGUGAACAUCUUCAACAAGAGAUUAGCUUUGAGCAAGUUGAAGGGGAUUUUGACUCAUUUGAGGGAAAAUGGAUUCUGGAGCAACUAGGGAGUUAUCAUACACUGUUGAAGUAUACCGUGGAGUCAAAAAUGCAAAAGAAUUGCUUUCUUGCUGAAGCUAUUAUGGAAGAGGUUAUAUAUGAAGAUCUCCCUUCAAAUUUAUGUGCUAUUCGAGAUUACAUUGAGAAAAGGGUGGCAGAAAGCACUUUGGAAACAUGUGACUGUGUAAAAUAUACGGAGGAGCAAACAGUAUCAUUUAGCAGUGACAGGUGUGCUGAUUAUUGUAAGCCAGCUGAAUGGAUUUCUGAUUACAGCACUUCAAAUUCUGCUGGACAAAGACCCAGGGUUCCAGGUUUGCAGAGGGAUAUCAAAAUUCUAAAAUCCGAGCUUCUGGCAUUUAUUUCGAAACAUGGCCAGGAAGGAUUUAUGCCUAUGAGAAAGCAACUUCGUAAGCAUGGAAGGGUAGAUAUAGAGAAGGCAAUCACACGAAUGGGGGGAUUCAGAAGAAUUGCAUCAUUAAUGAAUCUUUCCCUUGCUUACAAACACCGCAAACCAAAAGGUUAUUGGGACAACCUUGAAAAUUUGGAAGAAGAGAUAGUUCAGUUCCAAAGGAGCUGGGGGAUGGAUCCAUUAUUCAUGCCCAGUAGAAAGUCUUUUGAACGUGCAGGUAACCGAAAAUGA